AUGUCAAACCGCUAUAUUUACUCUCUGACUUCGCUAUUACUUAAAGCUUUAGGCUGAAGGAAAAUCUGUUUUUUAUAUUCUGAUGAUGUGUCUGGAAAGUCAGCAUAUUCAGCGCUUAUUGGCAAUGCAGAGCAAUAUAACAUAGAAAUUCUAAAUUCUGAAAAUUCAAGAGUGGUUCCUGCAGAUCUAAAUAGAACUAACAUAAAAAAUUACUCUGAUUUAUUGCAAACAAUUAUUGAUACACAAGCAAGGCUUCUAGUUUUAUUAUUAUUACCACCUGUAUUAUAUUAUGCAAUUGAAGAACUUUAUGAUAUGGGUUUAAGGAAAGGAGAUCUCGUUAUUUUAGUUCAAAGCCAAGAAAUGAUUACACUAAUUCAAUACGAUUUUUUGUAUGAAUAUAAGGUUAAGGAAACUGCGGUUCCAAUGAUGGCUGUUAGUGGGCGAAAUUGAGUCGGCAAAGUGGGGGAAUUUGCUUACACAGAGAUAGUAUCUCGAUAUAAUGGUGUACCAUUCGCCAACACUUGCUCUGGCUACGAUGCAGCAUAUUUAAUCGGGAUUGCUUUGGAAUACACUAUAAACCAAGGAUAUGAUUAUAAUGAUCCUUACCAAAUAAAUUCGGCAAUCAGAGUUCAAAAGUUUGCUGGGUGUACAGGAAUAGUUUCUAUUAAUAAAAACAGCAAUGAUAGAGUUAUGGAUGCUUUUGACAUCAUGGUCGGCAAAAUAGACAAAAACUCCGGAAGUAUGAUCUCGUACAAAAUGGGUGAAUUUCGCCCAUUUGGCAGUACAUUGCUGGCUAUUAAUGCACCUUUUAUUUAUGGAGAUGGAAGUACUGUAAAGCCAGAUGACCUUAGAAACCAAAAUAAUAAAUGCCCUUUUCCUGAUAAGUUGGUAAGGACAUUUGCUAAAGGAAGAAUUCUCAUUUUUUCUAUAUGCUUUAUGUUUGCUUUAGUGUCUUUCAUAGCAACAGCAUUCAUAUGAAAAAAUUGAUGAAAUAUAACUAUUAAAGAGCUUAAAGAAAAGCAAGAAAUUUCACUACAAGAUAUUAUUGUUGAGACAACCAUAGGAAUUGAAUUUUUCCAAUUUGCAGCUAUGGGGCCAGAUAUAGCCCCAAUAAAUAGCUUCUUACUACGCCUUCCAUUCGCGAACAUGUAUUUUUUGGAUUAA